AUGUUUGUUAAACCUGGUGACAAAGUAUCUAUUGGUGACAUAUACCUUGAGGUUCGUACUACACCUGGACAUACAACAGGAUGUGUUGCAUAUGUAACUGGAGAAGAAGCAGAUCAGCCCCAACCAAGAAUGGCCUUUACCGGAGAUGCUGUACUAAUCCGCGGUUGUGGGAGAACCGACUUUCAGGAAAUUGAUGGCAACUUUGCAGGUGUAGGAACUGCAGAUGUCGCUAGCUCACAGUCGACGCUGGAGAGAGCCAUUGGCCGUGACAUUGUGGAUCCACACUACAAGGAAUGUCUUUACACUGGUAUUGGCGUCUCUUGUGUCGAAGGAGAAGUCAUGCCUGGCCAGUGGGAGUUGCAAGUCUACAUGUGGAGAGUAUUUGUGUUGGUGAUCCAGUAUGUGUUGCUUGAUGCCUUCUCGAGGUAG